AUGGCCUCGCCCACCACCUCCUCCCUGCCCCGCAAACGAUCCCCUUCUCCCUCUCUCUCCCCCACCUCGGCCUCGGCCAUCCACUCAGCAGAUGCCGCCGCUGCGACGACGGCUUCUUCAACCAGCGGACAUGCCCCCGUGGACCGCGUCGAGAUCAAGCGCCGCCUCGUCAGAGCCAAGAAGCUCCGGAAACCGCUCAACGAUGACGACAACAGCGACGACGCCGCAGCCCAAGCCCACCCUCCAAGCUCCGAUGUGGGCAUAGGCUCAGGCCGUCACUCGACGCCACAUGAGCAUGCACCACUUCCGGAUACGCAGGCUCAGCCGGAUUCACAAGAGAGGGAAGGUCGCGGCCAGGACCGACAGGCCCAGGACCAGAACGACCACGCGACUCCGACAACGGCGCCUUCCUCGAUACCACCGUCACCUCCACCUGUCACAGCUCUGACACAAGGAGGCUUCCCACGCAGCGAGUAUGCGCCCCGGAGGCAAGACCACCCCGGCCUCCACGGCUGCAGGUCCGUGUACAAGUACACGCGCCUGAACCACAUCGAGGAGGGAACGUACGGCGUUGUGUUCCGCGCUCGCUGCAACGAGACGCAGCGCGUGUAUGCGCUCAAAAAGCUCAAGCUCGACGAUGAGCGGCACGGGUUCCCGAUCACGUCGCUGCGUGAGAUCAACGCCCUCAUGACGGCAGGUGACCACGAGAACGUCGUGGGCGUGCGCGAGGUGGUCGUGGGCGACACGUUGAACCAGAUCUUCAUCGUGAUGCCAUUCAUCGAGCAUGACCUGAAGACGCUGCUGGCGGACAUGCCUGCGCCCUUCGUGCAGAGCGAGGUCAAGACGAUCAUGCUGCAGCUCCUGUCUGCCGUCGAGUUCUGCCACGCCAAUUGGAUCAUCAAGGUCGCCGACUUUGGCCUUGCGCGCAAGUUCGGCGACCCGCUCGGCGAGAUGACCCAGCUCGUCGUGACGCUGUGGUACCGCUCGCCCGAGCUCCUGCUCGGAGCAAAGGAGUACACAACGGCAGUCGACAUGUGGAGCGUCGGGUGCAUCUUUGCCGAGCUGCUGCAGAAGGAGCCACUGUUCCCAGGCCGCGGCGAGAUCGACCAGUUGAACCGGCUGAGGCAAAAGUUUAAGCACCUGUCGUCAGAAGGGCACUACCUCCUCUCCAGCCUGCUGUGUUAUGACCCCGAGCGCCGCAUAUCCGCCGAGCAAGCAGGCAAGCACGCCUACUUUGCCGAACAGCCUUUGCCAAAGCACCCCGACCUGUUCCCUAGUUUCCCCUCUGUCGCAUCGGGCGAGAGGCGGCACAAGCUCCUGCACUCGCCGCCGGCGCCGGCACACGAAGAAGUGGACUCGGAGAAGAUCGACCUCGAAUCUAUCGAGCCCCUGGCUAAAGUCGAUAAUGGCGAUGCGGGCAUCAAGGCCGCUGGACACGACGCGCAUCCGAUCGCCCGUGAUGGCGAACACGCGGCCCGAGUGACACCCCUCAAAGUCAAAGAUGAGCCGGCCCGACACCCUGUCCCAGAUCUUGGUCGUGCUGUCAUAGGACGCAGACAGCGUCACGUCCUCCGCAACGUGGAGGGAGCGGACGAGGUCGGUGUGGCCCCGGUUGUUGCAUCGGAGACAGCCGUGCGCAUUCGGCGGCGUCAUAGGGAGCGCGCACGCGCAGCGCGCCCAGUACUCUGGGCCAGGCUCGAAGAUGACCCGCCGGCCCUCUUCGUCCGGGCCCACGAAGCCUUCGACGCCCUCCAUGUGCUCGCCCUCGGCGCUGUUGCCCUCGCCGCUCUCUCCGGCCGCAUCGUCUCCUCCCGAGCCAUCAGGAGCAUGGAAGCUGCCCGAGCCUCCCGCCUGGUCGUUGGCUCCGCUGGGCCCGCUGGGCCCCAAGCGGUGGCUCAGAUUCGCCAGGACCGCCGGGUGCGAGUACGUCGCGGCCGGGUUCGCGCUAGUGGAGAAGAAGGACGGAUGGACCCCCGGGGGAAAGUUGGACGGGUCGGCCAUCAUGUCCUCAAAGCUCACUUCCUCCUCGUAGCUCGCCGGCACCUCGACGAGGAAGAAGGUCUUGAUCGUAGAGUCCGACGACCCAGUCACGAGCGUGCCCUUCAGCGUGCUCCCCUUUAUGGUCUGUUUCCAUCCCGCGGCGAGUUCCGAGCCGCCGCCGCUGCCCGCCGGCUCGAACCCGAUGGAACUGAUGCCGCGGCUGUGCGCCUCGCAGCUCGCCACGAGCCGGCCCGUCUUGAUGUCCCACGCCUUGAUGCUCUUGUCGCCAGAGGCAGAUACGAUGAGCUCGUCGGUGAGCGAGACCGCGUUGAUGGCGCCGCGGUGCGCGCCCUCCACCUCUGGCCCUAUUGUCAACAGACAGCUCAGGUCCGAGAGCGAGAACAGCUUGAUGCUCCUGUCCUUGGAGCACGAGACGAGAUACUUGGCGUUGCCGCGCAUGAAGAAGAUGCUAUCGCUGUGCGCCUGGACGAUCUUCUCCGGCGACCCGUCGCCCUCCAGGUCCCAUGA